AGAGAGAGAGAGAGAUAGAUAGGGAAUGGAGGAGGGGAUCCGGAGCUUGAGCAGAUCUUUAGCUUCAUUCUGCAACCACCUGGAGUCGAGUUGCUACGCUCUCAAGCAAUCCCUCGAUCGCCGUCCCAUUCCUCUUGAUUCGGUUUCAUCGAGUUUUAUAAAGAGCCUGAACCGCCGAGUAUCGAGCGCGAGUGGCGAUCUCAACGUGCUCGACUCAAUGAUCCUCGGUACCGUGUCUUUCGAGGAGCUUUUGGGCCACUGCAACGAGGUUUACAAGAAGAACCAGAGCGAUCUUUCUGAGCUCCAAGACCGCCUCAAGAGCUUAGGAUACUAUGUUCCUGACGUUGAAAUUGGUGAUGAAGAAGAGGUUCCCGAUUUAUCUACACCGCUUUGCUUGGAAUCCAAGGAAGGAUUGGCUCCACCAUCUUCUUAUUUCGGACAAGACUGUACGACAGGUUCUAUUAUCAAGAGUUUGGAAGAAGAUGCUUUAUUAGACGAGUCACUCAGCUUGAAGAAGCUUGGCCUUUCAGACGCUUGCCUUGCAACUUUAGCAUCUGGAGUUAAUCGUCAGAUUGAGUCUGAAGACUCCGAACAAGGAAAACACACAAUUUGCGGGGAAGCAGAUGUGAAACGGAAGUCAAAUGAAGCCCCUAAGCCUUUGAUUAAGAUAUCAAUCGAUGAUUAUGAGAGUCUUCCUUCUUACAUGAAAGGUCUAGCACUCUGGGAGGAUCUGCUUGAGGCUGUCGAGAAGAUCAAUUCAAGCCUGAGCCAAAAACAGAGAACAAAGGGAAGCAACUACUUCCACCAAGACGAAAUAUCAUCAUUGGGGUUGGGACCUAAAGCAAGAUCUUAUUUGCUGUUACUUGUACGCAUGAAUCGGUUGGUUGUAGAGACCAUUGACGGAUUGAUAUCCUACCGAGUUUUGUAGAUGAGACAAUCCAAUAGAUAACUGUACUCCUUCCAUCUGAUUUAACUUGUGUUACGUACUUGCCCAUUAGGUGCCUAACAUGCAGGGAAGAUAUAAUGGAGCCUGUGUGUGUAUACAAUAUUCA